AUGCCUUCCCCGAUUGUAACGGCCACGCUUCAGGCGUCCACACUUUCGACAGUGUCAAACCUUUGCGCCCAGUUCAUCCAGGCGUACCAGGAACAGCGACCAUUCCGCCUGGACCUGAUCCAGCUGCUACGCUUCAUUAUCCUCUCCGCCGUCACGUGUCCGCCCAAUUUUCACUGGCAGCAGUUCCUCGAGCGGAGUUUCCCAGCCUACCCGUUGCCCGCACAUGCGCCGACGGACCGUUCCGCCGAGAUCGAGCUGAAGCGCCUCGACAGCGAACCCUCGCGGCUCGAGGAUGGCACCGUCGUCGCGCCGGAGCCCCAGUUUAGCUUGCGCAACACGCUGACCAAGUGGUUCGUCGACUGCAUCACCAUGGGCGCCAUUAUGAACACGGUUGCCUUUCUCGUCAUCAUGGGCGCGCUAAAGGGCCAGGGAUUGGGUCCCAUCUGGUACAACGUCAAGACGCAAACGAUCCCGAUCAUUGUCGCGGGCUACAAGAUUUGGCCUCUGGCGUCUAUCAUCAGCUUCAGUUUUGUACCUGUUCACAGACGCAUUGUGUUCCUGAGCUUUAUUGGCUUGAUUUGGGGUAUCUACAUGAGCCUUGUUGCAGCAAAAGUCUAACCGCAUGAUGUCUGGUGUUCAUGUACAAUGUGUCUGAGAUAUAUGAACGGGACCUUGUGAGCUUCGAUGGCUCGGUCGUAUUCUCAAAGACGAUUGUGUAAUCUAGAGGGGAGGGGAAGACGAGGUACUGUUUUCUGGUUUCCAAUUCUGCAACAGC